AUGGGUGAGAUACUUGAAGAAGUGGAGGUGUCGGUAACGGAGACAAAAGACGCAAUCGAGAGCUGGAUGAACGGCGUAGAACUGCAAAUAGUUCACCACAAGACAAAGGUGCUGUUGGUCAGGAACUGCAAAGUGGCGCAGCGGAUGCAGAUAGACGUCUCAGGGCACGUGAUUGCUUCGAAGCAUGCACUGAAGCAAUUGGGAGUGAUCAUCGACAAGCGAUUGAGCUUCAAUAACCACGUCGAUUACGCCUGCGAAAACUCGGCGAAGGCAACGAACGCAAUAGCGAGAAUCAUGCCAAUAGUCGGCGGUUCGAGAAGCAGCACGAGACGUCUGCUAUCGAUUGUUUCAUCAUCGAUGCUACGAUAUGGAGUUCUAGCCUGGAAUGUUGCGCUGAAAACCAAGCGGAACCGCGUAAAGUUGAACAUGACGUUCAGGCUGAUGGCUCUACGAGUCGCGAGUGCUUACAAAACAAUAACGUCGGAGGCAGUAUGCGUUGUUACGUUAUCCUCGUUUCCUCCACCAGAGUGA